GUAAUCAGGGCAGACACACACAACUGAACAGUGAACACUCUCUCUCGCUUUCACUAUGGCCUCUUCCAUUUUCUUCUCUCUACAAUUCCUGUGCUUCGCCCUCACAAUCAUCGGAACACGUGCCCAGGGGGGCACGUGGGAAGUCAUUGUGCAAAACGCUGGCAUUGCCGCCAUGCACGCCGCCGUCACCCGAUACAAUAACGUCGUCCUCCUCGAUCGGACCGACAUCGGCGCGUCCAAUUUAUCGCUCCCAGUCAUUAACGGCGUCCAACAAUGCCGCAACGACUCAAAGGACCUGACUUUAAAGACCGAUUGCUCCGCCCACUCCGCUCUCCUCGACCUCAAAACCAACGAAAUCCGUCCCCUCACGAUCCAAACCGACACGUGGUGCUCCUCGGGCCAAUUCCUUCCUGACGGCACCCUCCUCCAAUCCGGCGGCUUCAACGACGGCAACACCAAGUUCCGAACAUUCACCCCCUGCGAAGACACUUCCUCUUGCGAUUGGGUUGAGCUUCAAAACAUCUUGUUGUCCCAAGGGCGUUGGUACGCCACGAAUCAGAUACUUCCCGACGGUUCUGUCAUAAUAGUCGGGGGUGUCGGCGCCAACAGCGUGGAGUAUUACCCACCGAGAAUCGGUGGCGCGGUUAAUUUCUCGUUCCUCAGCAAUGUGUCAGAUAACGAAGGGGAUAACCUAUAUCCAUUCGUUCACCUUCUCCCAAAUGGAAAUCUGUUUAUAUUUGCUGAUAAACAAUCCGUGCUAUACGAUUACGUUAAUAAUGUGAUUAUAAAAAAUUUACCUCUGAUAGGGGGAGGACCGCGUAACUAUCCGUCCGCAGGAUCCUCUGUCAUGCUAGCAUUGGAAGGUAACUAUUCCACGGCCACGAUCGUCAUAUGUGGUGGGGCUCAAUACGACGCCUUCAAACGUCGCAAAGUGACGAUACUGGCCCAAGGAAACUGUGGACGAAUUGUGGCAACUAAUCCCAACCCUGCUUGGGAGAUGGAGGACAUGCCGUUUGUUCGGAACAUGGGGGAUAUGGUGAUGUUGCCAACAGGAGACGUAACAAUCAUCAACGGGGCUCAAGAGGGGUCCCAAGGGUUCGGAUUGGCAAAUAAUCCUUGUUUGAACCCAGUUCUAUACCAACCCGACGAACCUGCGGGCUCCCGCUUUACGAUCCUAAACCCCACUACAAUCCCCAGAGUGUACCACUCGACCGCAAAUUUAUUGCCCGACGGAAGAAUUUUACUCGCCGGAAGUAACACGCAUGCGGUAUACACGUGGGUUCAACCUUUCCCCACGGAGCUGAGAAUCGAGGCAUUUUCGCCGGAUUAUUUAUCAGCAAACAAAUCGAAUUUGAGACCGGUGAUAGCGAUGGCCCCACAGUCAAUGCAAUAUGGGUCAACGCUUUACAAUGUGUAUGUAACGGUGCCAUCAAACACAACGGGAAAUUGGGAGGUAAAUUUUGCAAGUGCGCCUUACACUACGCAUUCGUAUUCACAGGGGCAGAGAUUGGUAAAGAUGAAUAUCGCCGGCCCUGUUUCGGAAUCUAAUGGAGAGUACAGUAUUGUGUUUCAGGCUCCGCCCAGUGCGGAGGUGGCGCCGCCAGGGUAUUAUAUGAUGUUUGUGGUUAACCAGGGAGUGCCGAGUGUCGCUGUUUGGGUCUCUAUCUCCUAAUUUUCAAAUGUUGGGAUUCAUUUACUUUUCUUAUAGUAUAUAUUUAUGUCAUCUGUUCCAUAAUGCGUUCAAUACCUUGUUCUGAAAGUGUUUAUAAAACACAAUUGUUAUUAAGAUUUGGUUUCACUCAUGUAUCCGUAAAAGAAUAAUGAAAAGUGUUACCGUUCCAAUUCUUUCA